CGCACCGAGCUCUGGGCACUCGAGCGCACAGCCCGGCGGGCCGCAGCGGGGAGGUGCGGAGCGUGGCGAGGGCGGCUGCAGAAGCCAGCCGCCGCCCCUGCGCUCCGGGGCUGCGGGGCGCAUGGGGCGCGGGGAGCUGGGAACCUUUGCGGGCUGCGCGCCCGGCCGCCUGCUGCGGUGAAACGCGGCACCGGACGCCCCCAGAUCCCGGGCAAUCGGGAGGAUGACCAUGGCUGGGGGCCGGCGGGGACUGGUGGCCCCGCAGAACACGUUUCUGGAGAACAUCGUGCGGCGGUCCAACGAUACUAACUUUGUGUUGGGGAAUGCCCAGAUAGUGGACUGGCCCAUCGUGUACAGCAAUGAUGGAUUCUGCAAACUGUCUGGCUACCACCGAGCAGAAGUGAUGCAGAAAAGCAGUGCCUGCAGUUUUAUGUAUGGAGAGCUGACCGAUAAGGACACGAUUGAAAAGGUGCGCCAGACCUUUGAGAAUUACGAGAUGAAUUCCUUUGAAAUUUUGAUGUACAAGAAGAACAGGACACCCGUGUGGUUUUUUGUGAAGAUUGCUCCGAUCCGGAAUGAACAGGAUAAAGUGGUUCUGUUCCUUUGCACAUUCAGUGACAUAACUGCCUUCAAGCAGCCGAUUGAGGAUGACUCAUGCAAAGGUUGGGGGAAGUUUGCUCGGCUGACCAGAGCCCUGACAAGCAGCAGGGGCGUCCUGCAGCAGCUGGCUCCCAGUGUACAGAAAGGCGAGAAUGUCCACAAACACUCCCGCCUGGCAGAGGUCCUGCAGCUGGGCUCAGACAUCCUUCCUCAGUACAAGCAGGAGGCACCAAAGACACCCCCUCACAUCAUCUUACACUACUGUGUCUUUAAGACCACCUGGGAUUGGAUCAUCUUGAUCUUGACCUUCUACACAGCCAUCCUGGUCCCUUACAACGUCUCCUUUAAAACCAGACAGAAUAAUGUGGCCUGGCUGGUGGUAGACAGCAUCGUGGAUGUCAUCUUUUUAGUGGACAUUGUUUUGAAUUUUCAUACCACCUUUGUCGGGCCAGCGGGGGAAGUGAUAUCUGACCCCAAACUUAUCCGUAUGAACUACCUGAAGACAUGGUUUGUGAUCGACCUUCUGUCCUGUUUGCCAUAUGACGUCAUCAACGCUUUUGAGAACGUGGAUGAGGUUAGUGCCUUUAUGGGUGAUCCAGGGAAGAUUGGUUUUGCUGAUGAGAUUCCGCCACCACUGGAGGGGAGAGAGAGUCAGGGCAUCAGCAGCCUGUUCAGUUCUCUGAAAGUUGUGCGGCUGCUCCGUCUUGGGCGAGUGGCCCGCAAGCUGGACCAUUACAUCGAAUAUGGAGCUGCGGUACUGGUCUUGUUGGUGUGCGUGUUUGGGCUGGCUGCCCAUUGGAUGGCCUGCAUCUGGUACAGCAUUGGGGACUACGAGAUCUUUGAUGAAGACACCAAGACGAUCCGCAACAAUAGCUGGCUCUACCAACUGGCAAUGGACAUUGGCACUCCAUACCAGUUUAAUGGGUCUGGCUCGGGGAAGUGGGAAGGCGGGCCAAGCAAGAAUUCUGUCUACAUCUCCUCACUAUACUUCACCAUGACCAGUCUCACCAGCGUGGGCUUUGGGAACAUUGCCCCAUCCACAGACAUUGAGAAGAUCUUCGCGGUGGCCAUCAUGAUGAUUGGCUCUCUCCUGUAUGCCACCAUCUUUGGGAACGUGACAACCAUUUUCCAGCAGAUGUAUGCCAACACCAACAGGUAUCAUGAGAUGCUCAACAGUGUCCGGGAUUUCCUGAAGCUCUACCAGGUGCCCAAAGGGCUGAGCGAGCGGGUCAUGGACUACAUUGUGUCCACCUGGUCCAUGUCCCGAGGCAUUGACACAGAGAAGGUCCUGCAGAUCUGCCCCAAAGACAUGAGAGCUGACAUUUGUGUGCACCUGAACCGCAAAGUGUUUAAAGAGCACCCAGCCUUCCGGCUGGCCAGCGAUGGCUGCCUGCGGGCCUUGGCCAUGGAGUUCCAGACAGUGCACUGCGCCCCUGGGGACCUCAUCUACCAUGCUGGGGAGAGUGUGGACAGCCUUUGCUUUGUGGUCUCAGGCUCCCUGGAGGUGAUCCAGGAUGACGAGGUGGUGGCCAUCCUAGGGAAAGGAGACGUGUUUGGAGACGUGUUCUGGAAGGAAGCCACACUUGCACAGUCCUGUGCUAAUGUUAGGGCCUUGACCUACUGCGACCUGCAUGUGAUCAAGAGGGACGCCCUUCAGAAAGUGCUAGAAUUCUACACUGCCUUCUCCCACUCCUUCUCCCGGAACCUGAUUCUCACAUACAACCUGAGGAAGAGGAUUGUGUUCCGGAAGAUCAGUGAUGUGAAACGAGAAGAGGAGGAGCGGAUGAAACGGAAGAAUGAAGCCCCUCUCAUCCUGCCUCCUGACCACCCUGUCAGGAGACUGUUCCAAAGGUUCCGCCAGCAGAAAGAGGCCAGGCUGGCAGCAGAGCGAGGGGGCCGGGACCUGGAUGACCUGGAUGUAGAGAAGGGCAAUGCCCUUACAGACCAUACCUCAGCCAACCAUAGCCUGGUAAAGGCCAGCGUAGUCACAGUGAGGGAGAGCCCUGCCACACCUGUGUCCUUCCAGGCGGCCUCUGCCUCCACAGUGUCAGACCAUGCCAAGCUGCAUGCGCCAGGGUCUGAGUGCCUAGGUCCCAAAGCAGGCAGUGGCGAUUGUGCCAAGCGCAAAGGCUGGACCCGCUUCAAAGAUGCUUGCGGGAAGGGUGAGGACUGGAACAAGGUAUCCAAGGCAGAGUCCAUGGAGACCCUGCCAGAGAGGACAAAGGCAUCAGGAGAGGCCACACUGAAGAAGACAGACUCCUGUGACAGCGGCAUCACCAAGAGCGAUCUGCGCCUUGACAAUGUGGGUGAGGCCAGGAGUCCCCAGGACCGCAGCCCCAUCUUGGCCGAGGUCAAGCAUUCUUUCUACCCCAUCCCUGAGCAGACAUUGCAGGCCACAGUUCUGGAGGUAAAGCAUGAGCUGAAGGAGGACAUAAAGGCCCUGAAUGCCAAAAUGACCACCAUUGAGAAGCAACUUUCUGAGAUACUCAGGAUACUCAUGUCGAGAGGGCCGGCCCAGUCUCCUGAGGAGAUGUGUGAGAUUUCCAGGCCUCAGUCCCCAGAGUCAGACAGAGACAUUUUUGGAGCAAGCUGAGAGGACCAUUUCAAAACAAACAAAAGUCAAAGACAAACGCCUGCCCCCUUGCCCUUGACACCCCUCACCACACCGCCCACAUGACCAACAAUUUUCAAAGUAAGCUUUUCCUGACGGGAAGUCAGAGUGGGACCAAGGGGCAUAGGUGUGGCUGUGUGGUCCCUGGAAAACAUGA